AUCAAAAUAGAGAUCUAUGUUAAAAAUGUCCUUGAUUUUUACAUAGAAGAAUACACAGAGAGGCCUGAGAAAUCUUAAAAACACAGAUUGCGGUUGUCAACCGUGAAGGUCGUUGUUGCUUCUUCGUGCUUCACUGAGAAGAUGAACGGCGGCCCAUCUGGUUUCCACAAUGCUCCUGUUACCAGAGCCUUCGUCGUCGCCAGCGGUCUCUUCACCGUCUUCUUUGGGAUCCAGGGCCGUUCUAGCAAGCUUGGAUUGUCAUAUCUGGACAUAUUCGGGAAGUUUCGCCUUUGGAAGUUAAUUGUGUCAAUAUUUGCCUUUUCAUCCACACCAGAACUGAUGUUUGGGCUGUACCUGCUAUACUACUUCAGGGUCUUUGAGAGACAAAUAGGUUCCAAUAAGUACUCGGUGUUCAUUUUGUACACUGUAACGGUGUCAUUACUCUUUGAGAUCCUUGCUCUGGCAAUCCUUAAAGAUCCAGCAGUAAACCUAGUGACUUCUGGACCUUAUGGUCUUAUAUUUGCCUCCUUCGUACCCUUUUUCUUUGAUAUUCCAGUUUCAACACACUUUCGUGUAUUUGGUGUUCGCUUCUCGGAUAAGUCUUUCAUAUAUCUAGCCGGCCUACAGCUUCUUUUAUCAUCCUGGAAAAGAUCAAUCUUACCAGGGAUAUUUGGAAUCAUUUGUGGUUCCUUAUAUCAUCUGAAUGUCUUCUGUAUCCGCAAAGCAAAGUUCCCAGAAUUCGUUGCUUCUUUUCUUUCACGGCUUUCUUGGCCAUCAAUGGGGACUCCGCCAGCAGCACCAUCUAGAAAUGUUGUGGGAAAUGCACCACCAUUCACAACUCGGCAAGUAGAGAGAAACAUUCCCUCUUCCAUUCCGUCUGCAACGGAGCCAAUGGAGGACUCCAUUGCUACUCUGGUUUCUAUGGGCUUUGAUAGGAACUCUGCUAGACAGGCACUAGUGCAGGCUAGAAAUGACAUCACUGUAGCAACAAACAUACUCCUAGAAGCACAAGCCCACUAAUUCCGUAAUUAUAGUUUUGGGUGGAAAUUCCACCCUUGAGGAUGAAAAUUCAUCCAUAUUUCAGGGUGGCAAACAAAUUUACCGAGGACGGGAAUUGAUGCGCCUUCAGAAGGAUGUCUGUUUUAUUUAUUUGCUCAUUUUUGUUUUAUCUUGUAGCUAUUGCGCUUGUAAUAUGUAUUAAUUAUUAUAGUGUUUACGCAAGAGUAGGAGGAUAUGGAAUUUGUCUGAUUCAUAGCAUGCACAUUGUUUUAAAAAGAAAACUGGAGAUGUACAGUUGCAGUUAAAUUACAUGGAACUCCUUUUUGAGGAUGCUA